CAGAGCCCGCCACCAUCCCCCCAAGUACAGCGCCUCAGAACGCACCAAAGCACGCGAAGCUCUGCCUCAGUGCACACUCAUAGCGACAUUAGCCUCAUAUAAUCCCCCACUUGACGCAUCGACCUCAUUAAGCCAUGGACGAGAGCAUGCAAGUCGACUCUGCGCCAGUAGCCGCGCCUGUCCCAGAGCCACCAACAACGCAGCCGACCGAGGUUACGAAUCCCCAACCCCCACCCCAGCAGGCCGCACCGCAGCCGCGAGAAUCAUUCCGCGAAAUCCAAGUCAAAGUGCACGUCCGACGACCCGACCGCGAUAACUGGACAUACCUGGGCAAGGGCCUGGUGACGCAGGAGCUGAACGGCCAUUCCUCCCGUGUCGUUGUGCGAUCUCUCAGUACCGGCAAGAUCCUGUCUGUCUUCGGCGAGGGCGUCGACCUCCAAGCAGAGAAGCGCGGCAACUUUGUCGUUAUCAGCUGCGUCGAUGGAAAUCGCGUCGUCUCCUGGUCUCUGAAUGCCCUCAACAACACCGACACCGUGCGCCUGAUGGCAAGCAUCGAACUUGCCUGCUAUAAAGUCAAGCAAGCCGUGGCAGAUCCCCGCUUCCACAACAAGUCCCGGCGCCGCAUCGAGCGCGUCAUCAAGGACGACCGCCGCAAGCGCCACCGCCGGAGGAAAGAGGCCGACGCCAUGGUCGACGCGUUCGCGAAAUCCACCAUAGCCGACGGCGACACCCCGUCUAUGGAGACGACGCCCACAGCGUGAAUCACCAUCAUAGUAGCAUUGUGUGCGCUGGUACAAGUGAAGAGAGGUAUGUGCCAGAAGGCGAGUAUGCUGCCUCGGCGCGCUUGUUACCAGGAGGACACUGUCUGACCGUCUAUGUAGCCCAAGUCCAACCCAUCUGUAGAAAUCAUCGCGCGACUCUUGACCUUCCUAUUGUUCUUGCUAUCGUCCUUGCCAUUAUCUAUACCUCAUUGUACCCGUCGUUGGUUAGUAGUUGGAAACACGAACAUGAUCAUCUUGAAUUUGUAGAGCGACUUCCCCGCGUGUAGGUUGACUUCACUACUCAGCGCUUCCGU